AUGGUGUCCAGAAUCGUCUUCUGGGGCGGCUUCGGCGUUGCCGUUAGACUAUGGCAGCUCGGCCUUGAAAUGCGGCCCUUUUUCAACCGCGGCUCAUUAUGGGCGUAUCCGGUCUUCGCAGGCGUCGGAUCAAGCUUCGGAUACUGGAUCCAGGGUGUGGAUGAGCGACAGCAGGCCAUGCUGGAGGAGCGAAAAAAUAUCAUUCUGGAGAAGAGGGCGCGACGGGCGGCACGAGAAGGCGACAAGAUCGCAGCGGAGAACGCGUAG